CAACACUGAAAAAUCAUCUAUCUACUUCCUACCUACACCAGGCUGGAGUUUUAAUGUUUUGUUUGCUGCAUUGCAUUUAUUUAAAAAAGCAAUAAUAUGCUAUCCUGUCGAAUUUGCAUAACAAACAAAAGAAAAUUACGGUCUAUUUUUGAUUCCAGUGAUGGUAAUUCAUUUGCCUUCAUGAUGUCCUCUUUUGCAAAUGUAAAGAUUAUAAAAGAUACCGGAAUCAGAGAAGUAAUAUGUAAGAUAUGCUGUCAGAAGCUUAUUGAUGCUUAUAAUUUAAAAGUUCAGAUCGAAAGUUCAGAGGAAGUACUUAGUAAUGCAGCUGGGUUAAAAAAAGUGUCUUUUGGAAACAUAAGUGAUUUAAAAUCAAAAAUUGAUAUCGAGAUUAAGCCCAAGUUUGAAAAUAUUCAAAAUAAUUAUUUUGAAAAUGGGGAAAUACCAACCUUUUAUAAUAACACAUCAAUUAAGAAAAUAGAAGUCACUAUAAAAAAUGAAAGUGAACCAUUGUCUGUUAUAGAUUUUUUGAAUAAUUUUAAGGCUGACUCUGAUCCUGAUUUUAAUCCUGACUCUGAUAUUGAUGCUUAUGCGGAACAAUCUGAUGAUGAAGAUUACAGAUUACCACUCUCUCACAGAAAAUUAGCAAAAUCGAAAAAAAAAUCAGGAAAAUUAAAAAAAGAGAAUGUUGCCAAUAGUAAAAAAGUUCUUAUCAAACCUAUUUUUCUGAAUGACAUUGGGGUAAUGCCUACAAAAAAUAUAAAGCUGAAGAAAAAACUUUGCACAAAUAAAGCCAGAGAAAAAAAGUAUGAUAUGUGCAAUUAUUGUGGGAAAAUGUCAACAUCAAUAAAAACCCAUCUCCUUAUUCACACAGGUAAUAGAUCACACAAAUGUGAUAUUUGUUCCAAAGCAUUCUUUACUUCAAAGAAUCUAGAUCUUCAUAUAAAGUUACAUAACAAACAGAAGACAUUCAAAUGUGAAAAAUGUGUAGCAUCUUUCACUACUAUAAAAUUAUUGGAAAGUCAUAACGUAAGCCACACUGAUGAAAAAACACAUGUUUGUGAUAUCUGCAAAAAACCAUUUAAACGGAGAAGCAGUCUGCUGCGCCACAAACGAAUUCACAACAUCGCCAAUAAAUGCAUGAAAUGCGAUCUCUGCAACAUGUCGUUUUUCACAAAUCACGGUCUGAAACAUCAUUUAAGAGUGCACACAGGCGAGAGGCCUUAUAAGUGUGAGUUAUGCUCCCAACCGUAUAGCUACAAACACGACUUCAACCGGCACUGUUUUAACAAACAUGGUAUAUUUCUCAAACGGAGAUCUGUAUAUGUUAUGAACGAAGAAGUACUAAAAAGAGAACGAGCCCUGAUGCGAGAUUUGAUGCUCAAGGUGCAAGGAAUCGUGAAGGAGGGCGAACCACUCAAUCCGUUCGAAGUCGAAGGACCACAAGCGGCGUUAGCUUUCGAGCAAGCGAUUAAAGCGUUAGAAGCCAAAAAGAUCUGCGUAGAUUCCAAUUAUUAAAAAUAUAAUAUGACUUUUAUUUGUUACAUUAUUCCUUUCUUUUUGUAAACCUUAAUCUUCUUUAAUUAACUAAUUACCAACUGGUGUUACAAAAACUCGCGCCAGUAAAGGAACAAAUUAAAAUAAAGGAACUGUAUACACGCCUAGAUACCGUAUUAACGGCACGGAAGCGCCCCAAAAAAUAUCUGCCACAUGUGGUAGAUACGCUCGUCGCCACAGUUCCCAACUUAGAUGUUUUCGCCCCAGAUUUAGGGGGUAAAUAAGUAAGAUGGGAUUUUUUUAGGGGUAUUUU